CCGCGACCUGCCGUGACGUCACGCGGCGCCGGCGGGGUCGCGUCUUCCCGGCCGGGCCCUCGGAGCCCGCGGCGCCCCCCGCCGCUUCGGCGCUACCCGGGGGCGCUGCCCGCCUGCUGGAGGAUGAAACAUGACUGAGGACUCUCAGAGAAACUUUCGCUCAGUGUAUUAUGAGAAAGUGGGAUUUCGUGGAGUGGAAGAAAAGAAAUCAUUAGAAAUUCUCCUCAAAGAUGACCGUCUGGAUAUUGAGAAGCUCUGCACGUUUAGUCAGAGAUUCCCUCUCCCGUCCAUGUACCGUGCCUUGGUAUGGAAGGUGCUUCUAGGGAUCCUCCCUCCCCACCACGAGUCCCAUGCCCAGGUGAUGCUGUAUCGCAAGGACCAGUACUCGGAUGUCCUUCACGCCCUCAGAGUGAUCCGCUUUGUCAGCGAUGCCACGCCUCAGGUGGAAGUCUUCCUCCGCAUGUAUCAGCUGGAGUUGGGGAAGUUGCCUCGAAGUCCUUCUUACCCACUGGAGUUGGAAGAUGAAGUAUUUCUUGCCAUUGCCAGAGCCAUGGAAGAGAUGAUAGAGGACAGCGUGGACUGCUACUGGAUCACCCGAUGCUUUGUGAACCAGUUAAAUAACAAGUUCCGGGAGGCUUUACCCCAGCUGCCAAAGGCGUUUGAACAAUACUUGAAUCUGGAAGAUAGCCGGCUGCUGAGUCACCUGAAGACGUGUUCCGCCGUGUCCAGGCUUCCCUACGAUCUCUGGUUCAAGAGGUGCUUCGCUGGGUGCUUACCUGACUCCAGUUUACAGAGGGUUUGGGAUAAAGUCGUGAGCGGAUCCUGCAAGAUCCUAGUUUUUGUAGCUGUGGAAAUUUUAUUAACCUUUAAAAUAAAAGUGAUGGCACUGAACAAUGCAGAGAAGAUAAAAAGGUUCCUGGAGAAUAUUCCCCAGGACAGCUCGGAUGCCAUCGUGAGCAAGGCCAUCGACCUGUGGCACAAGCACUGUGGGACCCCGGUCCAUUCCGCCUGAAGCCCCCCGCCGGCCAGGGUGGUCCGCCACGCCCGCCCUGACUUCGGGACACGACAUGCUCACCUGACCCAAAGGAGGGGAUUUUGCUUUGGUGCUGAAAGUGUUCUUUUUUUUUUUUCCCCUCCCCUUUUUAUUCCUUCUCCAGUAAAAUUAUUUAAUUCAGA